AAGCGAGAGCACAGAGAACUGCAUUAAGAAGCCCUUUAUAUACCAGGGCUAAAUUUAGGGACGAGUGGUGGUAUCCUGGACGUAUUUCCUCCGCUUCUACAAUUGGUCAAGCCUUUCAGCUACAAUAUUUAUAAGGUUGGAUCUCCUACCAAUCAAACUUGCACAUGACUUUGAAACACUAGAAGAGAAACAUAAGAGAAGAGAACCCUUAGCUUUACUACUUGAGAGUUUCUCGCUAGGAGUAAGGAGGUCUCGACGUACGCCGAAUAUACAAUUAUAUUUGAAAAGAUCAGAACAGUUUUAACGAAAGGAGAUAAUCAUUUGCCCUGACAACGUAUGGAAAUGGCCUUAAGCGGGACCAUUUUACCAUCGAUUUCUACGUUCGCGAACCAAAAUGAGAAAAGUUGGGAACACAGGUGGAAAAACGAAAUGGACAAGUCCGUGCAUUCCAGCUGCUCCGUGCUUGAUAACUGCUCCGGCAGAAAGGACGACGAGGAUCUCGGCAAUUAUCUAGAUCUGGAGUUUAUUCUUGCUAACACCACCGGCUCGGAAAUCCUUACAGCGCACGGAAUAGAGUACAGGUCUUCGGAGCAAAGCAACAUGUACCAGUCGACUAUGCCCCCGACUACGUAUUCGGUGCCCGAACAGAACAAUCCACCUCCGCCGUACAGCACCAGUCUCAUGGCAGAGCUGCUGAGAGCAGAACUUGACAACGGUUACUGCAUGUCCAGCAACAACAUCCAGGGGAGAUUCCACGUGAGCUCUUCGGCUUUCACAAGUCAGGACUUUGUAGACAGCGUCAAAGUCGAAUCACCCAUGGACAGUUAUGGACCAGUAAUGGGCAUGGUUCCUCAGAGUUGCCCAAAAAUCAAACAGGAGGGCAACGUUUCCUGCAUGAUGUCUUUCGAGCAGCCAAGGCUUGCGAAUUCCCCGCAGGCAGCGGGGAACAUGACACCGCCGCUCAGCCCAGACGACCUCAUGAGUUCCGACUGCCAGUCUCAGAUGUGUCGCUCCAUGGCGUUCCCGCAGAAUUAUCACUCCGCCGCGGGAUUCCCCCAUCCUCACCCACCUCCGCCCUCUCAGAUGCAGCUCCCCUACCAGAGCGCGCACCAGUUUGGUUUAUACGAAGAUGGACUUGGUAUGCAGCCUACGACACAGAGAGUACUGCUCACACCACCGUCUUCUCCGCUCGAGAUGCUGGACAACAAGCCGAAGAGAGGUCGCCGGUCCUGGCCAAGGAAGCGGACGGCUACGCACACCUGCACUUUCGCGGGAUGCGGCAAAACAUACACGAAGAGUUCGCACUUAAAAGCGCACCACCGUACGCACACGGGUGAGAAGCCUUACCAUUGCAGCUGGGAAGGUUGUGGUUGGAAGUUCGCAAGGUCCGACGAAUUGACCCGCCACUUCCGCAAGCACACUGGUCAUCGUCCAUUCCAGUGCCACCUGUGCGAGCGCGCCUUCUCCAGGUCUGACCACCUGGCUCUUCAUAUGAAGCGACACAUGUGAGGACACACAUACGACUAUGGACUAUGCAACCAAAACAAAAAGAAAAUCUCGGAAGAUGUUUUCUUAAAUAUAUUAUUGUUAUUAUUGCUUCUAUUUAAAUGUUUUUUUAAAGCAGGUAAAGACAAAAAAUACGAUUUUACUUGAUACUUUUAUAUAUCAAUAUUUUUAAAAUAACGUAGCUGGUACUACUUUGGUUUUGACAAAGAUAUUUUGUAAAAGGCUUCUGAAUAGCAUUACAGAGUGUUUGUUUUGGGGAAAACACAGCAACUGCCAGGCUGGCCCUCACGCAUAUGACGCAACUGGAACAAGACAUUAAACAUCUAAUGAGCAUUGCUUAAAAUGAUGUAUUUUAUUUUUCACAAUAGUGCCUUUCUAAUCCACACGUAUCUUAUGAAUGCCAUAUUGUCUAUGGGCUAAAAAUUGACAGGUUUAUAUUUGGUAAAAUUGUAAACAGCACAUGAGUUUAAGCUUUAAAGACAAUGUUUUGUACUUAAAACUGCCUUUCUGCCCAAAGAGGCAUGGAUUGAAUGUUCAGCAUAUGUUUUUAUGUAUUGAAUAUGAUAUGAAGUCAGGGUCAGGUGAAUCUGAAAUAGGUUUUGCCAUACAAAAACAGUGUCUUAAAGGUGAAUAUACAAAACUGUUUUAGCUAGUUCCAAGUUACACUAUUGAUACAGGGCUAGAUGUCUUGUGUAUUGAAACUGUUUUGAAACCAAAAAUUAUAUUAUGACGUGUACAUAUGUUGUAUAAUGUAAAUAUGUAUUUUAAUGUACAUAUUAAACUAAAUUGAAUGAUA